AUGUCCAAGGAUGAUCAACCCAAUGACUCUGUUCCUCUUCCACCUAAAUUUCACCUUACUUUUUUCCAAUGGAUCUACGGCACAAUCUCGGCCGAUCUUCUUGAUACAGAUCUUUCCAAAGGUGAUACAGCUCAACAGGUGUGGGACAAAAUCAAGGCGAUAUUACAAGACAAUAAAGCGACUCGGGCUCUCUAUCUUGAAAAGCAAUUCACAUAUUACCAUCUCUCAUCUUUUUCGGAUGUCUUAUCGUACUGCAAACAAUUGAAGUGUCUCAAAGAUCAACUUGCUAGUGUUGAUCACCCGGCUUCCGAAAAUAUGUUGGUGAUGCGCCUCAUUGCUGGACUCCGUAAUACAGACUUUGACACUGUCACUACUAUUCGUGCUCAAACUGAACCAUUGUCUGGCUUUGAGACUGCGAGAUCUUGCCUCCUUGAGGUGACGAGGUGCUUCAAUGACUAA